UUUUGCAAAAUGGCGAAGAAACUACACUAUUUCGACUUUAAUGGCGUGGCAGAGCCAAUCAGAUAUAUCCUGCAUUAUGGAAAAGAGAAGUUCGAAGACGUGCGAUACGAGUACAAGAAUUGGCCCAUGAAGAAUUUGAAAGACUCACUCCCAUAUGGCCAGUUACCACUGUAUGAAGAAGGAAACCGCACAAUCAACCAGUCUCUAGCAAUUGCUCGCUAUGUGGCCACUUUGAACAACCUGGUGCCCACUGAUCCUUGGGAGCAGGCGGUUUUGGACGCCAUUGUCUUCAACAUAUACGAUUUCUGGCAAAAAGUGGUAGCUUACAUCAAGGAAAAAGAUUUAACAAAGAAACAAUUCCUCAAGAAGGAAAUCAUGGAAGAGACAGUGGACUAUUUCUUCUCUAGAUUUGAAAAGGAGUUACAGAAGAACAAAGGAUUCUUUGUUGGAAAGUUGAGCUGGGCUGAUUUCGUUUUUGUUGGCAUAGUUGAAGCCUCUAACCUGUUUUUGGGUGAAGAGAUCGAACGUAAGUACCCCAACACUGUGGCCCUUCUGAACAAGAUCAGAUCCCUGCCUGGCGUGAAGGAGUACAUCGCCAGUAGGAAGCCGUAUACGUUUUAG